UGUUGAAUGCUUCCUUGAGUAGAGUAGGUAUGUGCGGUACCAUGUCGGCUGAGUGUUGGAGUUUGAGCUUUUUAUUCAUUUUCUUGUUAACAGGCAGCUGUCGUGGACAGUACAAACCUACGUGGGAAUCGAUUGAUUCCAGACCUUUGCCCGAAUGGUUUGAUCAAGCCAAAUUCGGCAUAUUUAUACACUGGGGUGUGUUUUCAGUUCCCAGUUAUGGCAGCGAAUGGUUCUGGUGGUAUUGGCAAGGCCAGAAAAUACCAUCCUAUGUGAACUUUAUGGCAAAAAACUACCCCCCUGGAUUCCAGUAUCAAGACUUUGCACCACACUUUACUGCUGAAUUCUUUGAUGCCAAGCAGUGGACAGACAUCUUUGCAUCAUCAGGAGCGAAAUAUAUUGUGCUUACAACUAAACAUCAUGAAGGUUACACCUUAUGGGGUUCAAAGUACUCAUGGAACUGGAAUGCCGUGGACAUGGGACCAAAGCGAGAUCUGGUUGCUGAGCUUGCCAGCGCUUUACGAGAGAGCAGCAGUCUGCGUCUGGGACUCUACCACUCUCUGUUUGAAUGGUUCCACCCUCUCUUCAGAGAUGAUGCUGCCAGGAAUUUUACCACUGCUAACUUCCCACAAGAGAAGACCCUGCCAGAGUUGUAUGAGAUUGUGAAUGCAUACAAGCCAGAACUGCUGUGGUCUGAUGGUGACGGGGAUGCGCCAGACAAGUACUGGAAUAGCACAGGCUUCCUAGCUUGGCUUUACAAUGAGAGCCCUGUUCGUGAUACCAUUGUGACCAAUGAUCGUUGGGGACAGGGUACUAUUUGUAAGCAUGGAGGAUACUACACCUGCACUGACCGGUACAACCCAGGACACCUGCUGAAGCACAAGUGGGAGAACUGCAUGACCAUUGACCAGCGCUCAUGGGGUUACCGAAGAGAUGCUAGUCUCAGUGACUACCUUACUAUUGAAGAGCUGAUAAAGACCCUUGUGGAGACUGUCUCAUGUGGAGGGAAUCUGUUGAUGAAUGUGGGUCCAACACACGAUGGCCGCAUUCUUCCCAUAUUUGAGGAGAGAUUGAGGCAGAUGGGCCAGUGGCUGAAUGUUAAUGGAGAAGCCAUCUACAAUACUAGUGCUUGGAGAGCUCAGAAUGACAGUGUUACACCAGGGGUUUGGUACACAUGGAGAACAAAUGAGAAAGCAAUUUAUGCAAUGUUUCUUUCAUGGCCGAAUACUGGGCACAUUUUUCUGAGUGAACCCAUUGUAUCAGAGGUCACACAGGUAACGCUUCUUGGUUAUAAGCCACUGAAGUGGGACCCAAUGAAGCCGACUGGCCUGCAGGUUUACCUGCCUACUCUACCUCUCAGUCAGAUGCCUUGCUCCUGGGCCUGGACUCUACGACUCACUGGUGCAUCUUAGGUGGAUGUUCAGCUGUCAUUAACAAUAAGACUCUAAGGAAGUGUGUGUGUGUGUGUGUGUGUGUGUGUGUGUGUGUGUGUGUGUGUGUGUGUGUGUGUGUGUGUGUG